GGCAUUGUGGGAGCGCGGCGGCUAAGAUGGCGGAGGCCUUUGGGGAUGAGCUCUUCAGCGUGUUCGAGGAGGACGCGGCCGCUGCUGCUUCUGGCGCCAAGAAGAGCAAAACGGGCCCCGCCGAGGGUGCCAGGAGGCCGGGGAAAAGAUUGGAAGAAAAACCUUCAGUACCAGCAGCAAUAGUCAAGCCAAAAAGGGAAGCUGAGAUUGAUAGUACUGAAAAUGUCAUUUUGGGGAAAAAACCGAAAUUGGAAGAUGUUUUAUCAGACGAUGUUAAUCUGACAGAUCUGAUGCCUCAAGUAAAAGUGCAGUCUGUGGAAACUGUUGAAGGUUGUACACAUGAGGUUGCGCUUCCAGCAAAUGAAGAAUUCACAGGUCUGAAGCCAAGAACUGGAAAAGCUGCAAAAGAAUAUCCAUUUAUUCUUGAUGCCUUCCAGAGAGAAGCUAUUCUUUGUGUAGAUAAUAACCAGUCUGUGUUGGUGUCAGCUCACACAUCAGCUGGUAAAACUGUUUGUGCUGAGUAUGCAAUUGCCCUGGCUUUGAGGGAAAAGCAGCGUGUGAUAUUUACAAGUCCAAUUAAAGCUCUGAGUAAUCAGAAGUACCGUGAGAUGUAUGAAGAAUUUCAGGAUGUUGGUUUGAUGACUGGGGAUGUCACCAUUAAUCCUACAGCUUCUUGUUUGGUCAUGACGACUGAGAUCUUGAGAAGUAUGCUUUACAGAGGUUCUGAGGUUAUGCGUGAAGUCGCCUGGGUUAUUUUUGAUGAAAUUCACUACAUGAGAGAUACAGAACGUGGUGUGGUUUGGGAAGAGACUAUUAUUUUGCUUCCUGAUAAUGUACAUUAUGUGUUCCUUUCUGCAACUAUUCCAAAUGCUCGUCAGUUUGCUGAAUGGAUCUGCCAUCUUCACAAACAGCCUUGCCAUGUGAUUUACACUGACUAUCGACCUACUCCACUGCAGCAUUAUAUAUUUCCAGCAGGAGGAGAUGGACUCCAUCUGGUUGUUGAUGAAAAUGGAGAUUUCAGAGAAGAUAAUUUUAACACAGCUAUGCAAGUGCUUAGAGAUGCAGGAGACUUAGCAAAAGGGGAUCAGAAAGGAAGGAAAGGAGGAACAAAAGGUCCUUCAAAUGUUUUUAAGAUUGUGAAGAUGAUCAUGGAAAGGAAUUUCCAACCUGUGAUUAUUUUCAGCUUCAGUAAGAAAGACUGUGAAGCCUAUGCACUUCAGAUGACAAAGUUAGAUUUCAAUACAGAUGAAGAAAAAAAAAUGGUUGAAGAAGUCUUCAAUAAUGCAAUUGAUUGUCUCUCAGAUGAAGACAAAAAGCUUCCUCAGGUUGAACAUGUGCUUCCCCUUCUGAAGCGAGGAAUUGGUAUUCAUCAUGGUGGUUUGCUUCCUAUCUUAAAAGAAACCAUAGAAAUCCUUUUCUCGGAGGGCCUAAUAAAGGCCUUAUUUGCAACAGAGACUUUUGCUAUGGGAAUUAAUAUGCCAGCCAGAACUGUGCUGUUUACAAGUGCCAGUAAAUUUGAUGGAAAAGAUUUCCGAUGGAUAUCCUCAGGUGAAUACAUUCAAAUGUCAGGUCGCGCAGGACGCCGAGGUAUGGACGACAGAGGAAUAGUAAUUCUUAUGGUGGAUGAAAAAAUGAGUCCAACCAUUGGCAAGCAACUUUUGAAGGGCUCAGCUGAUCCCUUAAACAGUGCUUUCCACCUGACAUACAACAUGGUACUGAACUUACUUCGAGUGGAGGAAAUUAACCCUGAAUACAUGUUAGAAAAAUCAUUUUAUCAGUUCCAGCAUUACAGAACUAUUCCAGAAAUUGUGGAAAGAGUCAAUAAUUUGGAAGCACAGUACAACAAAAUUGUAAUUCCCAAUGAAGAAAAUGUGGUGAUAUACUACAGAAUCCGCCAGCAGCUUGCAAAACUGGGUAAAGAUAUUGAAGAGUAUAUUCACAAACCAAAGUACUGCUUGCCCUUUCUACAGCCAGGAAGACUGGUCAAGGUGAAGAAUGAAGGUGAUGACUACGGAUGGGGAGUGGUUGUUAAUUUCUCUAAGAAAUCAAAUGUUAAGUCAAAUUCCGAUGAAUUGGACCCAUUGUAUGUAGUCGAAGUGCUCCUGCACUGCAGCAAAGACAGUUUGAAAAAUUUUGCUACUGAGUCUGCAAAGCCAGCCAGACCUGAUGAGAGAGGAGAGAUGCAGGUUGUUCCUGUUUUGGUGCAUCUUGUCUCAGCUAUCAGCAGUGUCCGCCUCUACAUACCAAAAGACCUGAGACCUAUUGAUAACAGGCAAAGUGUGUUAAAAUCUGUACAGGAGGUACAGAAACGUUUUCCUGAUGGAGUACCCUUACUAGAUCCUAUUGAUGACAUGGGCAUCAAGGACCAAGGGUUGAAAAAAGUAAUCCAAAAAAUAGAGGCAUUUGAGCACAGGAUGUAUUCACAUCCUCUUCACAACGAUCCAAACUUGGAAACCAUAUACAAACUUUGUGAAAAAAAAGCACAGAUUGCUAUGGAUAUUAAAAUAGCAAAGCGAGAAUUGAAGAAAGCCAGAACUGUCCUGCAAAUGGAUGAACUCAAAUGCCGCAAGCGAGUUUUGAGAAGACUGGGGUUUGCCACGUCUUCAGAUGUUAUUGAGAUGAAAGGACGGGUUGCUUGUGAAAUCAGCAGUGCUGAUGAACUACUCCUGACGGAAAUGAUGUUCAAUGGUCUCUUCAAUGAUUUGUCUGCAGAGCAGGCAACUGCACUACUCAGCUGUUUUGUGUUUCAAGAGAAUUCCAGUGAAAUGCCAAAACUGACUGAACAGUUGGCAGGACCACUUCGGCAAAUGCAGGAGUGUGCAAAAAGAAUCGCCAAGGUGUCAGCAGAAGCAAAACUGGAAACUGAUGAAGAAAAUUACUUGAAUUCUUUCAGACCCAACCUAAUGGAUGUUGUGUAUACAUGGGCAAAUGGAGCUAACUUUGCUCACAUCUGCAAAAUGACAGAUGUCUUUGAAGGUAGCAUAAUUCGUUGCAUGAGGCGUCUAGAAGAACUGCUUCGGCAGAUGUGCCAGGCUGCAAAAGCCAUUGGGAACACAGAACUGGAAAAUAAGUUUGCAGAGGGGAUUACAAAAAUCAAGAGAGAUAUUGUGUUUGCUGCAAGCCUUUACCUGUAACAGCAGAUGUCUUCCAGAAACUAUACUGACAUGAUGGAACAAAUUCAUCAGUGUCACAUGUGGCUUCCAUAUCAAGUAAUUCCUUUUAAUGGUGUUUACUUAAACCACAGUUGAUUCAACAAGGCAUGUACAAACAGCAGUGUAUGUAAUAUAACUUGUUACAGUUUUCAAUAAAAAUUUACAAUUGUAAUAGCUUUCUUUUAAGCAAGAGCUUGAACCAACAGAAAUUUAAAGUUUAGAUGUACAAUAACUGUGGUAGAUAUUAUUAUAUACAGGUGAAGUGAGCAUCCAAGAGCAGCAGCAGUCCCUUAAAGGCAAUUACUUAUAUUACAGAGUUAGACUUGUGAAAUUGUUUUCAUUCAGCAAUAUAGGUGAUAGGGGUCAUUCUUCAUGGUUGAUGAUUGCUGCCAAAGUGAUUUCCAUUUGUUGGAGUCUCAUGUAGGGUUGUAUGGGAAUCUUCUUUUGGUUGAAAUGUACAUCCUCUCACUUUGAAGAAGUCUGACACAUACACAACCUAAUUGAACAAAUCAGUGUUAACCGUUAAUCAGUGUUAAAUUAUUCCUGCACUCACAAGUCUUUGAAACAAGGGCUCUGCAGCAGGCAAAUUCUAUGAUCAAAACUAAUAAAAAGCUUCAUCAGUUUAAAACAUUAGAAAAUGGCAGGGAAGUCUUGUACAAAAUUCAGAUAUCUGUUCUUUCAAUAGCUUUUUCACCUUGCCAUUGACUAUUUAGCCACUGAUGGUUUAAGCCAAAUUUAAGGCUUGUGCUAACUGCCUGCCUUACCAGGCACUGCUUCAUUACAACAGCCAAUGUUUUUUCUGUAAUUUAGGUGGAACAGAACAGGAGACAUGGUGCUUUAGCUGGGCCCAGCAUCUCUAAGGCCAGCUCUACCUAUGUAGUCCUUUCCUGCAGUCUUUUAAACAUACCACCUCACUUCUUCACAGCUAGGAGACAUCUCCCUCACUAUGAGACAGGUGGUUGAUCCAAUUCUGCAGCUUGCUGUCUUCCACUGCUCAUUUCACAAAGUCCCAUAGCAGAUGUGCUGGGCACAGUGCUACCUGGAGUGCAAUAAGUGAGAGCCUCACAUUCUCCUUUCCCUUCCUGUAUUAUGUCUUCCCCUCCCACUAAAACCCUGAGAACUGCAGAACACUUGAAUGUCCAUGGCAGAAGAAACAAUCUCCCACCACGCUGGCAGCUGGCUGAUGAUCCAGCACACUGCUUCAGCCACAGACCAGGGGAGUUUCAGCUUCCACUUAAUGCCAGAUUCCCUCAGUUCAAUUUAGUGAUCUAUUUACAGUUGCUGUGCUGCUAUGCUCUAACCUCAGCUUGCUGGUUUUGGAGAGGAACUCAUCAGUUCUUUCAGAUAAGAGUCUGAGGGUGGUGGUUGGUGCUAGUGUAUAUUUUUUAAAAUAAUUUCCUGACCUUUCAACUCUACUCUCUGUAAUGCUACUUUCUACUCUUUCUUGUAUUACCAAGCACCUUCUGAAUCAUCCAACAUCCUUGACUAAACUUGUUUUCCCUAAUAAAAGUGUGCUCACCUCUUUGAUCUCUGA